AUGGCGGGAGACAAGCGCAAAUGCGUCCUCAUCACAGGAUGCUCGCCUGGCGGGAUUGGGCACUCAUUGGCGCUUGAAUUUCAAAAGAGAAAUUGGCGAGUCUUUGCCACAGUCCGGAAUGCCUCUGCAGCCGCCGACCUUUCACAAAAGGGCGUUGAGGUGUUAGAUCUAGAAGUCACCGAUGAGGGCUCGAUCCGGAAAUGCUUUGAGCAUGUCAAGGCCGCGAACGAUGGACGACUUGACAUGCUCGUGAACAAUGCAGGAAUCAACUACACUGUUCCAGCGCUGGACAUCAAAAUUGAGGAAGCACAGAAGGUUUUCGCCGCCAACGUCUUUGCCGUUAUGCAGAUCUGCCAGAUCUUCUCACCGCUACUCAUUGAGGCGAAGGGAAGUAUAGUCAUGAUUGGUAGUCUCGCGGGAGUUAUACCCUACGUCUUCGGGAGCGUUUACAACGCCAGCAAGGCAGCACUUCAUGCCUAUGCAAAUACGCUUCGAGUUGAAUUGGCUCCUUUAGGGGUCCAUGUUCAGACCGUCGUGACUGGAGGAGUCGCUAGCAUGCUUACCACACACGUCAAGCGCACUUUGCCAGAGGACAGUUAUUACUCCUCGCUCGAAGCCGUGUAUCAAAGGAGACAAACACACUCUGCAGAGAUUGGUGUCACUCCUGAUGCAUUCGCCCGGGAAGUCGUCCCGCAGAUUCUGCCCGGAGGAGGACCCUGGCCUUGGCGAUGGAUUCUCGACGCAAGGAAGAGAUGGGUAUGGGCUGGAUCAUCAUCUGGAGUCGUCUGGUUCGGGUCUGGAGCAUGGGCGUGGAGUGGUCUUUUCGACUGGGUCAUGACUUCGAUGUUCAAUCUCAACAGUAUCAGAGGGAAGGCCAAGUCAUCAUAG